GGGCCGCCUUCGCCUCCGCUUCGCCAUCGCCUGCGCCGAACCCGCCACGGUGCAGCCGCCGGCGGCGGUGAGCGACGGCCGCUGGCACAUGGUGCUCCUCACCCGCAACGCCCGCGAAACCGCCCUGGCCGUGGACGGGGGAGGCGCGGGGCGGGCCGCCGUCCGCUCCAAGCGGGCCGAGAUGGCGGUGGCCAGCGACCUCUUCGUCGGCGGCAUCCCGCCCGACGUCCGCCUCUCGGCGCUGACGCUCAGCACCGUCAAGUACGAGGCGCCCUUCCGGGGCUGGUUGGCCAACCUGAAGGUCGGGGGACGUGCCGGCGGCGCUGCUGGGCCCAGGGGGGUGCGGGGCGAGGGCGAGGAACGCUGCGCCCGCCACCCGCCCUGCGCCCACGGCGGCCGCUGCACCCUGCGCCGCGGAGAGCCCCGCUGCGACUGCGCCGGCACCGGCUACCGCGGGCCCUUCUGCGCCGAAGAGGAAGAACCCGCGGUGGAAGGUCCCGCCCACCUGCGAGUCACCGGCCAAGGGCCCGCCGAGGUCGCCGAGGGGGGGCCCGGCCGCGGCGCCGGCGAGAUCCAGCAGGCAGCGAAAGGCCGGGAGGAAUACGUGGCCACCUUCAAAGGCAACGAGUUCUUCUGCUACGACCUGUCCCACAACCCCAUCCAGAGCAGCACGGACGAGCUGACGCUCUCCUUCCGCACGCUGCAGCGCAACGGGCUGCUGCUGCACACCGGCAAGUCGGCCGACUACGUCAACCUCUCGCUGAAGAGCGGCGCCGUCUGGCUCGUCAUCAACCUGGGCUCCGGCGCCUUCGAGGCGCUGGUGGAGCCCGUCAACGGCAAGUUCAACGACAACGACUGGCACGACAUCCGCGUCACCCGCAACCUGCGACAGCACGCAGGGAUCGGACACGCUAUGGUGACGAUCUCGGUGGACGGGAUCCUGACGACGACGGGGUACACGCAGGAGGACUACACCAUGCUGGGCUCCGACGACUUCUUCUACGUGGGGGGGUCCCCCAACACCGCCGACCUCCCCGGCUCCCCCGUCAGCAACAACUUCAUGGGCUGCCUCAAGGACGUGGUCUACAAGAACAACGACUUCAAGCUGGAGCUGUCGCGCCUGGCGCAGGAGGGCGACGGGCGGGUGACGCUGCACGGGGCCCUGCUCUUCCGCUGCGAGGCCGUGGCCGCCCUGGAGCCCGUCACCUUUGGGACGCCGCAGGCUUUCCUGGCGCUGCCGGCGUGGCGGGCGGCACGUGCCGGCUCCGUCUCCUUCGACUUCCGAACCACCGAAGCCAACGGGCUCCUGCUCUUCGGGCAGGGGCGGCCGCAGGGGCCCGGCCACCCCCGGCCCGACUACUUCGCCCUGGAGCUGCUGGACGGGCACCUCUACCUGCUGCUGGACAUGGGCUCCGGCGGCAUCAAGGUGCGCGCCAGCGCCCGCAAGGUCACCGACGGCGAGUGGUGCCACGUGGACGUGCAACGGGACGGCAGGAAAGGCUCGGUGUCGGUGAACAGCCGCAGCACCCCUUUCCUGGCGAGCGGCGAGAGCGAGGUGCUGGACCUGGACUCGGAGCUUUACCUGGGGGGGCUCCCCGAGGGGCGGCCGGGCCCCCCGCUGCCCCCCGAGCUCUGGACGGCCUUUCUGCGCUACGGCUACGUGGGCUGCGUCCGCGACCUCUUCGUCGACGGCCGCAGCCGCGACGUGCGACGGCUGGCGGAGGCUCAGGCCGCCCCGGGGGUCACCCCCUUCUGCGCCCGCGAGCCCCCCCGGCACUGCGCCAGCGGGCCCUGCCGCAACGGGGGGCUCUGCCGCGAGGGCUGGAACCGCUUCAUCUGCGACUGCCUCGGCACCGGCUACCUGGGACCCCGCUGCGAGACCGAGGCGGCGGUGCUGAGCUACGAUGGCAGCAUGUACCUGAAGAUCCUGGUGCCGGGGGCGGCGCAGACGGAGGCGGAGGACGUGGCCCUGCGCUUCAUGUCCCCCCGCGCCUACGGCCUCGUCCUGGCCACCACCUCCCGCCAGUCGGCCGAUACCCUGCGCCUCGAGCUGGACGGGGGGCGCAUGAAGCUCACCGUCAACCUGGACUGCGUGCGCGUGGGCUGCCACCCCAGCAAGGGCCCCGAGACCCUCUUCGCGGGGCAGAAGCUGGACGACAACGAGUGGCACACGGUGCGGGUGGUGCGGCGCGGGCGCAGCCUCCAGCUCUCCGUCGACAACGUCACCGUCGAAGGGCAGAUGUCGGGCGCCCACACCCGCCUGGAGUUCCACAACAUCGAGACGGGCAUCGUGACGGAGCGGCGCUUCCUGGCCGUGGUGCCCUCCAACUUCUUGGGCCACUUGAGCGGGCUCCUCUUCAACGGGCUGCCCUACCUGGACCUCUGCAAGAACGGGGACAUCAGCUCCUGCGAGCUCAACGCCCGCUUCGGCCGCCGGACCAUCGUGGCCGACCCGGUGGCCUUCCGCGGUCGCGGCUCCUACGUGGCGCUGGCCACGCUGCAGGCCUACGCCUCCAUGCACCUCUUCUUCCAGUUCAAGACCACGGCGCCCGACGGCCUCAUCCUCUUCAACAGCGGCAACGGCAACGACUUCCUCGUCGUCGAGCUCGUUAAGGGGUACAUCCACUAUGUCUUCGACCUGGGGGACGGCCCCUCGCUGAUGAAGGGGAACUCGGAGCAGCCGCUGCACGACGGGCGCUGGCACGAGGUGUCGGUGGCCCGGGAGGGGGGCACCCUGCACGGGCUGCGGGUGGACGGGCGCCCCGUCACCCAGCACGGCCAGGGCGCCCGCAACCUCGACCUCAAGGGGGAGCUGUACAUCGGGGGCGUCAGCAAGGGGCUGCUGGGGCGGCUGCCCAAGCUGGUGGCCUCGCGCGGGGGCUUCCAGGGCUGCCUGGCCUCCCUCGACCUCAACGGCCGCCUGCCCGACCUGCUGGCUGAUGCGCUGCACCGCGUGGGCCACGUGCAGCGCGGCUGCGACGGUGAGAGGGCGCGCCGGGCCCCGGGAGGGCGCGGGAGGGCGCGCGGGGGCGCGUGGGUGGGCGGGAGGGCGCGCGAAGGG